AUGACUCAGCAGGAAGUGGAGGAUGUAUCAGACGUGAUUACUGGUACGGUUUUUAUUUGUAAUGUACCUGCACAUGUUUUAUUAGAUCCAGGUGUUACGCAUUCCUUUGUUUCUAGUAUGUUUCUAACUAAGCUGAAUAGGAUGCUAGAGCCUUUAUCUGAGGGGUUAGUUAUAUACACUCCAGUUGGUGACGUUUUACUAGUCAAUGAAGUGCUGCGUGAUUGUGAGGUUUUAGUAGAAGGUCUCAAUAUGCUAGUGGAUCUUCUUCCACUAGAGUUGCAGGCAUUGGAUGUAAUUUUUGGAAUGGAUUUCUCAUUCACUCACUAUGCUUCUAUGGAUUGCCAUAGGAAGGAAGUGACUUUUAGGAAACCAGGUUUGGCUGAAAUGGUUUUCAGGGGUGAGAAGAAAAUUAUUCCCACGAGUUUGAUUUCAGCUCUGAAAGCUGAGAAGUUGUUGAGAAAGGGUUGCACAUCGUUUCUUGCACACGUAGUAGAGGUGCAAGAAGAAAAGCUGAAACCAGAAGAUGUUCCUGUAGUGAACGAAUUUCUUGAUGUUUUUCCAACUGAUCUAUCAGGUUUUCCACUUGAUAGAGAGGUAGUGUUCUUAGGGCAUGUAGUUUCAGCGGACGGAAGUGUUGAUCCGCAGAAAGUGGAAGCUGUUGUCAACUGGGAGAGAUCAGCUAAUGCAACAGAGGUACGUAGUUUCCUAGGCCUGGCUAGAUACUACAGACGUUUUGUUGAGGAUUUCUCACGAUUAGCAUUACCCUUGACAGCUUUGACAAGGAAGAAUGCUAAGUUUGAGUGGUUGGAUAAAUGCGAACAGAGUUUCCAGGUGGUAAAGAAGAGAUUAGUGACAGCAUCUAUUCUAUCACUUUAUGUAACAGGGAAGGAGUAUGUGAUCUAUUGUGAUGUUCGAGGUAAGGAAGUCGAGACUUCCGAAGAGUGCCUUGUGUGGUAUUCAAGCAACCUUGCUGAGUUAAGAGGUUUCAGGGCGGUUGUAACUGCAAAGAGUUCAGGGAGUCUUUUAGCUCAAUUUCAGGUUAGGUCUUCUCUAGUAGCAGAGAUUGUGAGAAGACAGCCAGAGGAUAGUAACUUACAAAAGAUGCUUGCAAAGUCCAAGCAAGGCCUAGAGGUAGACUUUGAGUUGAGAGCAGACGGAGCCAUAGUUAAGCAGAGAAGACUAUGCAUUCCGAAUAUUAGUGAGCUUAGGGGUGUUAUACUAGAGGAAGCUCACUAUUCAGCUUACGCUAUGCAUCCAGGAAGCACCAAGAUGUACGAAACUUUAAAGAAAACUUAUUGGUGGCCUGGUAUGAAGCGAAAGAUAGCAGAAUAUGUUGAUAAAUGUUUGAUCUGCCAACAGGUUAAACCAGUGAGACAGAGGCCAGGAGGACUCCUUAAUCCACUGCCAGUGCUGGAGUGGAACUGGGAGCAUAUUACCAUGGAUUUUCUGUUUGGGUUACCUCGUACUACUUGUGGACAUGAUGGUAUACGGGUAAUAGUAGACAAACUCACUAAGACAGUGCAGUUUAUAUCGAUUAAAGCGACGUCUACACUAGAUCAGCUAGCUAAGCUAUACGUCGACAGGAUUGUGAGUCAGCAUGGAGUACCAGUGUCCAUAGUUUCAGAUAGGGAUCCAAGGUUUACUUCUAAGUUUUGGCCUAGUGUGCAGAAAGCAAUAGGAACAAAGUUGAAGUUCAGUACAGCAUUUCAUCCCCAGACGGAUGGUCAGUCAGAGAGGACCAUCCAGACCUUAGAAGACAUGUUGAGAGCAUGUGUCCUUCAGUUUAAGGGAAGUUAG